AUGCUUGACAUCCAGGACAUAGAGAGACAGAAGGGAUCAAUUAUCACCCAGUGUGAUUUUGAGGACAACUCCAAACCCUUCUGUGACUGGACUCAAAUGUCCACAGAUGAUGGGGACUGGAUUCGAGCCAGUGGGCCCUCUCCCAUGGGCAGAGCUGGGCCUUCUGGGGGUUACCCCAAUGGAGAGGGCUAUUACCUGCAUAUGGACUCUAGCACCAUCCACCAGAGUGGGGUGGUCCACCUGCUCAGCUCCCCUCUAUGGGAGCAAGGCCCUCUGUGCGUGCACUUCGCCUACUACAUGUUUGGGCUGCCGUGGGGUGCCCAGCUCAAACUGCUGCUGCUCAUGGGCAAUAACAACAAGCACCCCACCUUGCUUUGGAAACACAUUAACACUCAGAGCCCCUCCUGGAUGCCCACCACUGUCACCGUGCCCAAGGCGUCUGCGGUGCCCAGGCAGCUGGUAUUUGAAGCAGUGAGAGGCAGCCCCACUUACCUGGACAUCUCUCUGGAUGCUAUUUCUAUCCGUCGUGGCUCCUGCGAUAAGGUCUGCAUGAUGAAAAUGUGCAGCUUCGACACUCAAAAUGAUCUCUGUGGCUGGAGCUGGAUUCCCACAGCCACUGGAGCCAAGUGGGUCCAGAAGAAGGGGUCAUCGGGGAUGCGGAAUGUGGGGCCCAAGGAUGACUUCUCCAGCCCUGGUAGUGGCUUCUACAUGCUACUGGACCCCCAGAAUGCAAAGCCAAGGCAGAAAUCUCUUCUCCUGAGCCACCCUAGGCAGUCAUCAGGCUGUCUGAGUCUGUCUUUCCACUACAUCCUCCAUGGCCAGUCUCCUGGCGCAGCCCUCACUGUCUAUGCUUCUGUCCUGGGCAGCAUCCAGAAACACGUUCUUUUCUCAGGACAAUCUGGGUCCAACUGGCAGCCUGCAUCUGUCAAUCAUACAGGCCAGGGACUGAUUCAGUUCACCAUUGUGGGUGUAUUUGGAAAGAUCCCAGAACCAGCCGUGGCAGUGGAUGCAAUCAGCAUUGCUCCCUGUGGGGAGAUCUUACCUCGGUGUGACUUUGAAGAUGCUGCUCAUCCCUUCUGUGACUGGGUCCAGACAUCAGGGAAUGGUGGACACUGGACCAGGGGUGGUAAAAAUAUGUCCAUCCAAGGUACAGGUCCCUUUGGAGGGUCUCUUAACAGAGCAGGUAACUAUAUCUACCUUGAAGCUAACAAGUUAUCCCAGGUAGGCCAGUCUUUCAGACUGGUGAGCCAACCUUUCUGUGCCCUGGGUGCGACCUGUAUGAAAUUUUCCUACCAUAUGUAUGGCCUUGGAGAGGGCACUAGGCUGAAGCUCCUGUUGCAGAGUCCUGCAGGCAGUCCCCCAGCUUCUCUCUGGCAACGCAUUGGGUCUCAGAGUCCUGGCUGGCUAAAUGCCUCCAUCACCAUCCCUUCAGGAUAUCAACAGCCCAUGCAGCUGACACUUGAGGCCAUCAGGGGUACCAGCAGUUCCUUUGUUGUCGCCUUGGGUUUCAUCUUGAUUAAUCAUGGGACCUGUCAAGGACCUGUGCCAACAAUGCUUCCUUCCAAUUAUCCAGUUCCCUAUACUGGUCCUUCUGAGAUCCUUCUCUCCACAGGAAAACCUAUGGCCCCCACAGAAAAACCCACAGUCCCCACUCAAAAACCUAUGGUUCCCACUAGAAAACCCACUGUCCCCACUAGAAAACCCACUCUCCCCACUGAAAAACCCACAGUCCACAUUGAAAAACCCACAGUCCACAUUGAAAAACCCACUGUCCACAUUGAAAAACCCAUAGUCCACACUGAAAAACCCACAGUCCACAUUGAAAAACCCACUCUCCCCACUGAAAAACCCACAGUCCACAUUGAAAAACCCACUCUCCCCACUGAAAAACCCACUGUCCACAUUGAAAAACCCACUGUCCACAUCGAAAAACCCAUAGUCCACACUGAAAAACCCAUAGUCCACAUUGAAAAACCCACUGUCCACAUCGAAAAACCCAUAGUCCACACUGAAAAACCCAUAGUCCACAUUGAAAAACCCACAGUCCACAUUGAAAAACCCACAGUCCACAUCGAAAAACCCAUAGUCCACACUGAAAAUCCCACUGUCCACACUGAAAAACCCAUGGUCCACAUUGAAAAACCCAUAGUCUCCACUGAAAAACCCAUAGUCCACAUUGAAAAACCCAUAGUCCCCACUGAAAAACCCAUAGUCCACAUUGAAAAACCCAUAGUCCCCACUGAAAAACCCAUAGUCCACAUUGAAAAGCCCACUGUCCACAUUGAAAAGCCCACAGUCCAUAUUAAAAAACCCAUAGUCCCCACUGAAAAACCCACAGUCCACAUUGAAAAACCCAUAGUCCCCACUGAAAAACCCAUAGUCCACAUUGAAAAACCCAUAGUCCCCGCUGAAAAACCCAUAGUCCACAUUAAAAAACCCACUGUCCACAUUGAAAAACCCACAGUCCACAUUGAAAAACCGAUAGUCCACAUUGAAAAACCCACAGUCCACAUUAAAAGGCCCACAAUUCCUACUACAACAAGCUGCCCUUCAAAUGCCCACUAUGAACCCUGUGCCUGCCCGGCAUCCUGCCAGAACCCCAAUGUCAACUGCAAGCUCGUCUGCAAGCCCGGCUGUGUCUGCAAUUCUGGCUUUUUGUUUAGUGACUCCCACUGCAUCAAUGCCUCUUCCUGCAAAUGCUUCCACGACAACAAUUACUAUAAGACUGGGGCAGAGUGGUUCGGCCCUAAUUGCACAGAACAUUGUCGCUGCUGGCCUGGUAGUCAGACAGAGUGUCAAACAUCUCAAUGCGGGAAACACACGGUAUGCCAGCUGAAGAACGGCCAGUAUGGAUGUCACCCCCAUGGCACUGCCACCUGCUUUGUCUAUGGAGAUCCUCAUUAUUUCACCUUUGAUGGGAGGCACUUUAGCUUCAUGGGCAAAUGCACCUACAUCUUGGCCCAACUCUGUGGCAACUCAACAGAGCCCUUCUUCAGGGUGGCAGCAAAGAAUGAGGAGCGAGGACACGAAGACAUGUCUUGCCUGAGUGAAAUCUACGUGACAUUGCCUGAGACCACCAUCACCCUGCUCAGGGGCAGGCGCACGCUGGUUGAGGGUCAACAAGUCACCCUCCCAGUCAUACUUUCUAACAGCAUCUUCGUGACUUCAAGUGGGCGAUUUGUGGAGCUGCAGACUGCAUUUGGUUUGCGGGUGAGAUGGGAUGGUGACCAGCAGCUGUUUAUGAGUGUGCCCAGCACCUACUAUGGCAAACUCUGUGGUUUCUGUGGCAACUAUGAUGGCGACAGUAGCAAUGACAACCAGAUGCCUGAUGGCAGGCCAGCACGAGAUGCGGAGGAGCUGGGCAACAGCUGGCAGACAGCAGAGGAUACAGACAAGAAGUGCCAGAAGAACAAGGCAAAUCCCCCAUCUUGUGACUCAGCCUUGCAGAACACUCUAUCAAGGCCAGAGUUCUGUGGACGGAUCAUAGUCUCCCAUGGAGCAUUUGAGAGAUGCCUGCCUCACCUCAUGGCCUCUUUCUUCUUCAACAACUGUGUGCUUGACAUGUGUAAAUUCCAGGGGCUGCAGCAGAUGCUGUGUGCCCAUAUGGCAGCCUUGACUGCGACAUGCCAGAAUGCUGGCUACAUGGUGAAGCCCUGGAGACAACCCCGGUUCUGCGCUCUGGACUGCCCACCCAACAGCACGUACACCAUGUGUGCCAAGCUGUGCCCCGACACCUGCCAUUCCAAGUUCUCUGGCAUGUCCUGCCAGAACCGAUGUGUAGAAGGCUGUGAAUGCAACCCAGGCUUCAUCCUCAGUGGUCUCCAGUGUGUCCCCCAAUCCCAGUGUGGGUGCCUUGACUCCACAGGCCGAUACCUCACGGUAGGGCAGCAGUGGUAUGAGCCAGACUGCAGACAGCUCUGUGUCUGUGAGGGCAACAACAAAAUUCGCUGUGUGCUCUGGAGGUGCCAGGCCCAGGAGGUCUGUAGUCUGCAGGAUGGCAUCUAUGGCUGCCAUGCCAAGGGGUCUGCCACCUGCACUGUCUCAGGGGAUCCCCACUACCUGACAUUUGACGGAGCCCUGUACCACUUCAUGGGCACCUGCAGCUACAUCCUCACCAAGCUUUGCUGGUUGAGAUCCUUCAAGAACUACUUUGUCGUGAGCACCACCAAUGAGUUCCGAGAUGGGAACUUGGAGGUCUCCUAUGUAAAAGCCGUCCACAUACAGGUCUUCAACCUCAGAAUCUCGCUGAUCAAAGGCCACAAGGUUGUGCUGAAUGGUCGCCGGGUGACCCUGCCUGUGUGGCCUGCACAGGGUCGGGUAAGCAUUAGGCCCAGUGGCUCUUUUAUUCUCUUCUACACGGAUUUUGGGCUUCAAGUUCGCUAUGAUGGAAAUCACCUAGUCAAAGUGACGGUGCCCUCCACCUAUGCUGGCCGGCUCUGUGGGCUGUGCGGAAAUUACAACAACAACAGCUUGGAUGAUGAUCUGAAACCAGAUAGAAAGCCUGCAGGCAGCUCCAUCCAACUGGGGGUUGCAUGGAAGUCAGAUGAAUACUCUGAAUCUGGCUGCUUCUUCUCAGGUGGCAAGCCUCCCAAAUGCCAGGGGAAUGAAGUGACAGAAACCUGGAAUAAGAACUGUAAUAUCUUAAUCGACCAUCUGGGACCCUUCUCCCAGUGCCACAAGGUGGUAUCCCCGGACUUCAGCUUCGCCAGUUGUGUGCAUGGCCAGUGUGGGACCAAUGGUGAUGUCCUGACCCUGUGCCGCUCCCUGCAGGCCUAUGCAUCUCUGUGUGCCCAGGCUGGCCAGACCCCUGCCUGGCGGAACAGCACCUUCUGCCCUCUGAAGUGCCCAUCUGGCAGCAGCUACAGCACCUGUACCAACCCUUGCCCAGCCACCUGCCUCAGCCUGAACACCCCACGAGACUGCCCAGCAGCACUGCCCUGUGCCGAGGGCUGCGAGUGCCAAAAAGGCCAUGUCCUGAGUGGAACCUCCUGUGUACCCUACAGCCAGUGUGGCUGCACCGACCCCCAGGGCUCCUACCACCCGGUUGGGGAGAGCUGGUACACGGACAACACCUGCUCCAGACUCUGUUCCUGCUCCAUCCACAACAACAUCUCCUGCCUCCAAACCUCCUGCAAGCCUACUGAACUAUGUGGGCCCCUGGAGGGGUUGAUACGCUGCAGUUAUGCAGGGAUGGGGGUGUGCCGGAUCUCAGACAACUCCCACUAUGUGAGCUUUGAUGGUAGUUACCAUGCCAUCAGGAACACCUGCACUUAUGUCCUGGCAAAAACGUGCCACUUUACCAUGGAACUGCCUUUCUUCAAGAUCAGUGGCGAGAAUGGGGAGACGGAAGGCCAAUCCCCUGCUUUUGACCUCCGUCAGGUCAACAUUAACAUUUUUGAUUCCCUUAUCACCCUGCAGAAGGACCAUCGUGUGCUGAUCAAUGGCAAACAGGUCAUCCUUCCCUCGAACAACCAGAUCCGGGGUGUCACCAUCUCUGUCAGUGGCAUCUACACCAUGCUCAGAGUUUACAUUGGGCUGCAAAUCAAGUUUGAUGACAGUGGGUUCUUAGAGAUUGAAAUACCUAGAGCCUAUUAUGGAAAGGUCUGUGGCUUGUGUGGAAACUUCAAUGGUGAGGAAGAGGAUGAACUAAUGAUGCCCAAUGACGAACUAGCCCAGAAUGACAGUGAAUUUGUGGAUAGUUGGCAAGAUAAGGAGGCCAACCCAAAUUGCCAACAAGAUAACGAAAUAGAUGAGCAGAUGAGGAUGAAAGUAGAACAUCAGGAAACUUUGACUGCAAACUGCAGGCAAGAUCACCUAGAGAGACCUCUGGAGCAAUGCCAAGAGGCCUUUCAGUCUCCGGUCUGGACUAAAUGUGCUGCCCAUGUGGCCCCUACACCCUUUCUGCUCAACUGUAUGCACAACCUCUGUGAGUUUAGCCUAAACCGUGCCCUCUGCGAGUCUCUGCAAGCCUUUGGGGCAGCCUGCCAGGCUCAGGGGCUCAAGCCCCCAAUCUGGAGAAACAGCAGUUUCUGCCCUCUGGAAUGCCCCACCCACAGCACCUAUACACCCUGUGUUCAGCCCUGCUCACCUUCCUGCUGGGACCCGAAAGACCAGUGCGAGGACACCACAGACCCCUCCAGCUGCGAGGAGGGCUGCAUUUGUCAGCCCGGCUACGUGCUCAGUGAGCAACAGUGUGUGCUCAGGACUCAGUGUGGCUGCAGGGAUGCCCAGGGCGACUUCCUCCCAGCAGGGAAAACCUGGCUCUCCAGUGACUGCACCCAGAGUUGUACCUGCAGAGCAGGAGGUAUUCAGUGCCAGCCCUUCACCUGCCCCUCUGGCUCUCACUGCAAGACUGACGCCAGCGGCAACAGCAGAUGCAUCGCCCCCAAGUGGGAACAAUGCUCAGUGUUUGGAGACCCCCAUUAUCGCACAUUCGAUGGCCUUAGCUACCGCUUCCAGGGCCGCAUGACCUACAUUCUGAUCAAGACCGUGGACAUGCUCCCCAGUGGCAUGGCACCCCUGGUCGUGGAGGGACGUAACAAAAUAUAUAUGCCCCUCAGCCAGAUCUUCCUGCACGAAAUCAUCGUGAUGGUCUACGGCUAUACAGUCCAGCUCCAGGCUGAACUGCAACUUGUGGUCAACAACCAGAAAAUGGACACCCCCUUCAACCCCAGCAAGAAACUGCAGGUUUCCAUUCGGGGCCAUCGGCUAUAUCUGAUCACUGACUUUGAGUUGGUUGUCAGCUUUGAUGGAAGGGACAACGCAGUGAUCUCCCUGCCCAGCACGUACCAGGGGCUUGUGUGUGGCCUGUGCGGGAACUUUGACAAGAACAUAAAGAAUGAAUUUAUGCUGCCCAAUGGUGUCCUCACUGAGAACCUCAACUAUUUUGGCAACAGUUGGGAGGUGAAGAUCAAGGGAGGCAACUCCCGCUUCUCAAGGUCCAUCCAAGAGGAGGAGGCGGGAGAAGAGAAGUCAGACUUCGAUGUGUCCGAAUGCCACCUGGAGCAGCUGGAGCUCAUCAACAGCACCCAGGCGUGCAGGGUGCUGGUGGACCCCCAGGGUCCUUUUGCUGCCUGUCACCAGAUUGUGGCCCCGGAGCCCUUCCAGGAACAUUGUAUGUUUGAUCUGUGUGUCACCCGGGACCCCAAAGAGCAGGAGAAGCUGCGCUGCCAGAUUCUCAGCGGAUAUGGCAUGCCCAGCCAAUACCAUCUAUCAGAGCUGUAUGACACCCUGCCCUGCCUCUUGUGCCAACCUGGUGGCCCCCAGGGACUGUGAGGGUCCCUGUGUGGAAGGCUGUGCCAGCCUCCCAGGCUACAUCUACAGUGGUGCCCAAAGCCUCCUCUGGCCCUCUGUGGCUGCACCAACAAUGGCAUCUACUACCAGCUGGGUGACAGCUUUGUGACUGAGGACUGCUCUCAGCGCUGCACCUGUGCCAGCUCGGAGGUCCUGCUGUGUGAGCCCUUCAGCUGCCAAGCUGGGGAAAUCUGCACUCUGGGGAACCUCACUCGCGGCUGCUUCCGAGAAAGCCCAUGUCUGCGGAACCCCUGUCAGAAUGACGGGCACUGUCAGGAGCAGGGCACCCACUUCACCUGUGAGUGUGAACUAGGUUAUGGGGGAGACCUCUGCGCGGAGCUUCGGGAUGUGCCACUUCCCAAAAAUCCAGUGUCCAACUUUGUGGCCAUCCUGUUGGGAAUGCUGGUGCCCACGGUGGUCAUAGUGCUGGCAGUGAUCAGAGAAUGUGUUUCCAAGAAGAGGAGGAGGAGGGAGAAGUGA